AUGAGAAAACAAACCUCAAUACAUGAGACAGGUCCACUUAAAGAUUUUAAAAGCUCUCACAAAUCUGGACAUGCAAAACCAAAUUAUGAUACAUUAGUACUCAAAAUCAUUCCAUACAUUACUAAAAUUAGAUCCGCAGCUCAGAAAUUAUAUAAUCUUAAAGCUCAUGCAGCUGAUCUAUCGAUGAUAAACGCCAUAACUACGAAACUAAUCUCACGGAUAAAAACAAAUAUCACAAAAACGACUCAACAAAAAAUGUGUACAAUCAAAUCAAAUUGCAGGUUAAGAAUAGAUAUACACGGAAUCAGACUAACCGAUGAACUAUUGGAGACGAGUCAGCUCAAGAAUUUCGAAAAUGGCGGAUCGCCGUCACGAGAUCCCAUUGAAAUUCGACGGAAAACAGUCGGAAAAAGCCGUGAUGUGAGGCCGAUUCAGGAGAAAAGGGAAGCUAGGGCAAGAGAGAGAGCGAGUGAAAGCGAGAUGGAGAAGAGAGCAGUGAUGAUUAACUGA